AUGAAGCAUCGUGGCGAAAACCCAGUAUACGGGCCGAAUAUUGUUCCUCGAUUUGCUCAAUCAUCAUCCCGACCAUUACAUACAAAUACAAGAUCUGACUGUUAUUAUUGCAAUCGCUUUGGAAAAUUGGCACGCAAAUGUGGUCAUAAUGAUGCUUUCUUGUCCAAAAAAUCAGCAGCAAACAGAUUUAAUGCUCAAUGCAUUCGGAAUGAAAAUAUAGUCCAAAGAACAAACUUAAAUAGGUCAGUUAUCCCAUCUGCGCUUCCUAUUCCAUCAUUUCCUGUACCCGGUUUACCUCCGACUCCUCCACCUGCUUAUCAGGAAAGCAUAGAAGUUACUUUACCACCUCCUCCACAAUACGAAGAAAGACUGCCAGAAGUGAUUAUUACACAACAACCUGCAACUGUAUUCAAAUGGAAUCCGGUGGGCAUGACUUGUCCUUAUUGUCAUCAUAUUAUUGUUACUAAAGUAAGGUCCGAGUCAGGAUUAUUAGCGUGGUUACUUUGUGGAGUUUUGUUUUUAACUGGGUAAUGCAUCUAGCAGAGUGUUGAUGCGAAGCUCCACAGAGCAAUUCAAAUAACCUUCAAUGAAGGAAAACCAUAAAUAAUGUUUUCUACAUGUCCGAUGGUCAAUCCGAGAUUGAAAGAUAAAUUACCAAGAUUAGCCAGCUCUUCUUGUACAUAUCAGUUCAACUGCUCUUGUGGAGCGAGUUAUAUUAGUAGAUGCUCUAGGAAUUUGUAUUUUCGUGCUUGCAGGCGUCUCUCAGUAUGAUUAAGUAAAGGUAUUGUUAAAACUGCCAACAGCUAGAUUCUAACUCAUUUUUUCAAACUGGUGUGUGAACCCAACAUGGAGCAAUCAUAUACAAUAAUACAUCGUGUUAAGAGCUAUAUAUCUAAAUUCUUUAGACUGGUGGAAAUUCUAUAACCCGUUAUCAACCAGAUCUGCAAACAUAGCAUUCCAUUUUAAACCUGACUUCUAAGAACAAACGAGCUGAGUUCAGUCUUUUAUUUUUCCAUGGUCUUAGAACCUCUCCGUAGUUUCAUAAGUCGUAAACACUAAUUAUCAUCUUACUCUUCAUCUUCUUCCCCUUCUUUAUAAAGUAGACAGUUAUUUCUUGCUUUGGUUCAAUAAAUUAACCAUUCCUCAUUACUUCAAAAACUAUUACAUAAAUUUAGUUCUUAAUAAUUUUCGAUUACUUUGCCAAGUGAUAUGACACCCAUACCUGAAAACUAUCAAUAACUUUAAUUACGUUGAAAUAACACCUUUUCAUCUAUAAAUUAGCAUAUUCAGUACUUGAAAUCUGUUGAUAAUCUUCAUGAUAUUGUGCAAAACCACCUCAUUUUCUUUGAUUUUCUUAUCCGAUAUUUAGAUAAUUUUGACUAUCUUUCAUGAUUUUGUAACACAUCUUUAGUUUAAAACGUAAAAAAUCACCUAUAA